CCCGUCUCGCGCCUGAGCGCGGCCGGCGCGAGAAGACAGCGCGCGGUUUGCCCCCAAGUUACGGAGGCAGGGACCGAGUUCGAAAGAAAAGCCGCUUCAGGAGCCGGGUCGCGAGAGUGCAAUCGCCUCCCGUCCGCCGGACCCCCGGACCCGGACAGGAAGGAGAAGGCCUCCGCGAUGCCUGGCUCCCCAGCCGAGGUGAAGACGCAGCCCCAGGCCACACCCCCCAGCAUGCCACCCCCGCCGCCCGCCGCGUCCCAGGGGGCCACGCGACACCCCCCCUUCACACCCCACACAAAUCGAGAGGACGGACCUGCGAUGUCUCUGCCCCACGGCCGUUUUCAUGGCUGCUUAAAAUGGUCUAUGGUCUGUCUUUUGAUGAACGGCAGCAGCCCCUCGCCCACGGCCGUCAGCGGCACCCCAUCCACGCCCAGCGGCUUCAGCAAUGGCCCAGCCACCUCGUGCACAGCCGCGCUGUCCACGCAGCAGCUGCCCCCGGCCUGCGGGGCGCGGCAGCUCAGCAAACUCAAGCGCUUCCUGGCCACCCUGCAGCAGUUCGGCAGUGACAUCUCCCCGGAGAUCGGGGAGCGCGUGCGCACGCUGGUGCUGGGGCUCGUGAACUCCACGCUGACCAUCGAGGAGUUCCAUUCCAAGCUCCAGGAGGCCACCAACUUCCCGCUGCGGCCAUUCGUCAUCCCCUUCCUGAAGGCUAACCUGCCCCUGCUGCAGCGGGAGCUCCUGCACUGCGCCCGCCUGGCAAAGCAGACCCCCGCCCAGUACCUGGCCCAGCACGAGCAGCUCCUGCUGGAUGCCAGCGCCUCUUCCCCCACCGACUCCUCGGAGCUCCUACCGGAGGUCAACGAGAACGGCAAGAGGAGGACACCUGACAGGACCAAAGAGAACGGGUCAGACCGUGACCCUCUGCACCCGGACCACCUCAGCAAACGGCCGUGCACCCUGAGCCCCGCCCAGCGCUGCAGCCCCACCAACGGGCUGCCCCAGCCCACGCCGCCUCCGCACUACCGCCUGGAGGACAUGGCCGUGGCCCACCACUUCCGGGACUCCUACCGCCACCUCGACCCCCGGGAGCUGCGGGAGCGCCAUCGGCAGCUGGCCGUGCACGGGUCCCGGCCUGAGGAAGUGAUUGACCACAGGCUCACGGAGCGCGAGUGGUCAGAGGAGUGGAAGCACCUCAACAACCUCCUGACCUGCAUCAUGGACAUGGCCGAGAAGACGCGGCGCUCGCUCACCGUGCUGCGCCGCUGCCAGGAGGCCGACCGCGAGGAGCUCAACCACUGGAUCCGGCGCCACAGUGACGCCGCCCAGGACAGCAAGAAGGGCCCCGCGCCCGCCGCCCGGCCCCUCGGCAGCUCCGCGGGCGCUGAGGGCUCUCAGCUAGAUGUCCACCGGGAGUCCGUGCCUCGGACCCUGUCCAGCUACGUGCCCGAGGAGAUCUGGAGAAAGGCUGAGGAAGCAGUGAACGAGGUGAAGCGGCAGGCGAUGUCGGAGCUGCAGAAAGCCGUGCUGGACGCCGAGCGCAAGGCCCACGAGCUCAUCAGCAUGGAGCGAGCCAAGAUGGAGCGGGCCCUGGCCGAGGCUCGGCGGCAGGCCUCCGAGGACGCCCUCACCGUGGUCAACCAGCAGGAGGACUCCAGCGAGAGCUGCUGGAACUGCGGGCGCAAGGCCAGCGAGACGUGCAGCGGCUGCAACGCGGCCCGCUACUGCGGCUCCUUCUGCCAGCACAAGGACUGGGAGAAGCAUCAUCACGUGUGCGGCCAGAGCCUGCAGGGCCCCUCGGCCGCAGCGGCCGAGCCAGUGCCCGGACAGCCCGACGCCACCCCAGGCCUGGGCCCCUGCCUGCCCCCGGCCGCCGCCAGCCCCAGUGAGGCGGGCUCCACGGGGCCCUCCCGCCCCGGCUCCCCCGGCCCGCCCGGCCCGCUGGACGCCGCGCCCCGCUGACCCGCCCGGACCCGGUGCCCAUCGACCCACCCAGCCCCGCCCGGCCCGCUAGACGCGCGCCCAGACCUGGGAGCCAACCUUGGGAGUCACUGCUGCUACUGCUUCUCUCCAGAAGAAAACAGAACCAACAGGACUGCAUCAAUGCAACUUCUCAGCUACCUGACGAUCACGCCUCAACCUCUCGCGCAUCCCGAGAAACCACCCGACGAGCUUUAGGCAGCCGGACGGACGCCGGCCGGAGGUGACCGGCUUGUCCACACCCGCCUCUCCCUUUUUCUCUCUUUCCUCUCAUUUUUCUCUCUUUAUGACUUUCACACACUUUCUCUUCAAUGAAAAAAUCUAAUUGUUUGGUGGCUUAUAUUUUCAUUGAAGAAUUUUGGGGGGCUGUUUGGCAAAAGAGCUACUCAGAAAUGGACAAAGAAAACUGUGGGGUUUGUUUUCCCCCUUCCUGAUUCAAAAGGGAAAAAGAAAACUGUUCUUUUGUAGCCGGAGAUCUGAGCCGCUGUGUCCCGGAAGCCACCCCCCAGGGUGUGUGGCCGGUGCAGCGAGGACGGUUAGAAAGAUGUCAAUUUCAGACUCAAGAAGUAAUUUUUGCUUUCAGGGUUUUUUUUUUUUCCCUUUAAUGUCAAACUGUUUGGCUUUAAGUAGAAAUCCAAAAAGUUUUUUUAAAAAAAGGUGAAGGAAGCAUACCUGUAAACUACCUUGCCAGCUAGCCAGCCAAGGACGCCGGACACACCUCUGCUCCAAAGGAAAUCCAAAAAGCAAACACGACAAGUCCAAAUCCACAAUUUUUUUGUCGCUGCCAAAGUAUUUAUUUCACUGUCUUACUCUACGCCUGGGCUUGUUCAGAUGUCGGUCUUUUGCUUUGAUUCUGUUCGGGGGUGGGGGUUGGGAUGUUGGGGUUUGAAGUGUUUUGUCCGACAAGAAGCGACUUCUUUCUUUUCAACUCGACAGCAGCACCUCCGCCGGGGCCGGGUGGGGUGGGCAGCUCGGCCCUCGGCACCCACGCGUGCGUGCCCGUCUGCGUGUGCACCCGGGGCACGCCCAGCGUGCAUCUGCACACGCGCAGGGAGGGUACCUCGUCUGUCCUCACUCCAUCUGUGAAUUUCCGUCACAUGUCAUUCUUUCCAUUGGUGAAAAAGAAGUGCUCACGUGUCCUUCCCAGAGAGAACAUAAUUCUGAGACGAAACUGUGACAAUCUUUUGGGUUGAUUCUUGACCGCGUUUCAAAGCGCGAGGAGACAGCAACUAAGCCUUCAACUGUUGCCUCUCGUUGUCACCCUCUACCUCUGCUGCCCGCUCCGAGAAGCCUCCCGCCCACCUCGUCUUUCCGUCCCAGCCCCUGUGUCUCCUGCAGCUCCACGCUGCUGCAGAAAAAGGAAAAAAACGACAAAGGAAAGCAAUCCACCCUCCCCGCACCUUCUGGAGACUUGAUCAGCUGUAUAUAACCCUGCAUUUUUGUCUAGCUGUUCCUCAGGGGAUGUUCUCUCCGAAAUCCCCCCGCCAAGCCUAGCCCUGUCCCCCCACCACACUCAACUCCCCCAGCGAUCUCAAGGAGGAAAUAAAAGAAUAAGGAAAUUCUGAUCUGUACCCAGUGGGAGAACAGACAGCAAACACGGUCUCCGAUCUGUGUUUUCUUGCAUGGCUGUAAGGAGUUCCCUGGACUGGAGUGCAAUAGUGACCAGCUACUGAAACCGGGUGCCCAGGGGCCCCACCGAGAGGAAGAGGUCAAUAGUCUGCGAUAAUGUGAAUGUAUAUAGUCCUUGCAGAGGUCCAAAUGAUGAUAUUCAUGAUGAUGAUAAUAAAGAAGAGAUGUUUGCCAAAUAAAAAAAAAAUUAAGAGAAACCAUGGAAGUAUGUAAAGUUCAGGAACUAGGUUUUCAAAGAAAGCCGAACUGCGGUCCUACGGGGAGCAAUGGGUUUGUUGAUCGCUGUUACUUUUCAGAGUUGUAAGAAUUCACCCUUUGAGUAUUGCCAGGAAGGAUUCCAUCGGUACACAGACCAGGUCCCAUCCGAACCCCACCUGGCAGGAGCCCUAACUCUGACCAUCGAGCUAGACCUAUCUCACCCUCCAGAAAGCUCCCGGGCCGCCUGGGGCUGCAGGGCCACCCGCCUCUCAGAGGCUCGCUUCUGUGGGUUUCAGAAGACCAGGGGCCAGGUGGGAUUCGGCUCUCGUGAGGCAGCGGGCGCCCACCCGUCAUGUUUCCAGUCUGCUUUCUCUCUCGCGAGACUUGAACCUGUCAGAAGGGCGGUUGUGCACGUGCUGUGACGUAGCCCCGCCUCUCCCCUCGGACUCCGUUCCCACGAGGUUGUGCCGGUGGAGGGUGGCGCCCUGGGCGUGCUGGGGUGUGGGUGUGGAGGUCUGAGGCCCUGAUGUCAGGACUGCGGGGUGAGUCCUGGCUGGGAGGAGCCCCUCACCUGCAGCCCCGCGGGUGUGCUUUGCCGGCCUCUGUUCCUCUUCCCCUCGCAGGGUCCCCUUUGAUUUCAGGCAGGCGCGCCAGGGCUGGCCAGCUGGUGCCAUCGGGCCAGACCAGCCUGCAGGGCCGGACCACAGGCUGAGGGUCCGAGGUGGGGACGGCCCCUUCCACCCCAGCUGUUGGGAAGAGGUAACCUCAAGCCAGCUAGG